CUAUACUCACAAGGAGAUAUUAACUAGCCAACCCAGUGGUGCAGGUUAUUGUGAGGUUAUUGCUAUAGAUAAUUUAUUCCCAAAUAUUUUAUUAAAUCAUUGUAAUGUUUAACUAGCUUGUUGUUGGUAGCAGUCGGGGAAACUUGACCAUCAACAAUAGCAUUCAAAAUGAUUAUUAAGAUGUUUUGGUACACUUGUUUUUUGUUUAGUAUUAUUGUAUCGACUUCUUCGAUUGUGGCUGGAUACAAUUGUGAAUUUUGUCAACCAGAACAAGUUCAUAUCGCAUUUGGAAACAAGCCCAACGACAUUGUAGUGACAUGGACCACAUUCGACAAAACCAAGGAGUCUCGUGUGCAGUAUGGUGUUGGGUCCAUGGAUCAGGAGGCUUCCGGCAUUGCCUCGGUCUUUGUGGACAAUGGGACAGAGAAGAGGCACAUGUAUAUACACCGCGUGACUCUCCCGGACUUGAAGUUUGACACUACUUAUGUGUACCACGUGGGCUCUGUGUACGGGUGGUCGGAGCUGUUCUCGUUCAAGACGCCGCCGCAGGGUGAGGACUGGGUCGUCCGCGCCGCCAUCUACGGCGACAUGGGCAAUAGGAACGCUCAUUCCCUCUCGUACCUGCAAGACGAGGCGCAGCGCGGCCACUUCGACGUGAUCCUGCACGUCGGCGACUUCGCGUACGACAUGCACGACGACAACGCGCGCGUCGGCGACGAGUUCAUGCGGCAGAUCCAGCCGCUCGCCGCCGCCGUCCCUUACAUGGUCUGCCCCGGCAACCACGAGCAGACCUACAACUUCAGCAACUACCGCGCCCGUUUCUCGAUGCCCGGGGACUCGGAGAGCCUGUUCUACAGUUGGGACCUCGGCCCCGUCCACUUCGUGUCCAUCUCCACCGAGGUGUACUACUUCAUGUGCUACGGGGUCAAACUCAUGACCAACCAGUACGAUUGGCUGAGAGAGGAUCUGACCAAAGCGACUCUGCCGGAGAACAGGCAAGUCCGGCCCUGGAUAAUCAUGUACGGGCAUAGACCGAUGGUUUGCAGCAACAUGUAUGAUGAUUGCAACGAUACAAUGUUACCCAACCGCGUGGGCAUCAAUGACACAUGUGCUCUUGAGCCGCUGCUGCGCGAGUUCGGCGUAGACGUGGUGAUCUGGGCGCACGAGCACAGCUACGAGCGGACCUGGCCGCUAUACGACCUCAAGGUCUACAACGGUAGUCUCGAGCACCCUUACACCAACCCCAAGGCACCUGUGCAUAUUGUGACUGGCUCUGCCGGCUGCAAGGAGAGCACGGACCCGUUCAAACCGGAGCCGGAGGAGUGGUCGGCGUUCCGUUCGAGCGACUACGGCUACACGCGCAUGUUCGCGCACAACCGCACGCACAUACACUUCCAGCAGGUGGACGUGAACCUUAAAGGAGAAAUAAUCGACGACUUCUGGAUCAUCAAGGAGGCGCACGAACCCUUCUACAACUUGUUCGACUAGAGCGAGACGGAAACGUGUGGUCUCGCUCGCACUAUACUAGUUUAGUACCUACUGAGUUUUAUGAAAACCACAGAUCAAAUAGAACCCUAGAUAUCACACGGCUUUAUUACUAAUAAUUACACAAAUUUUACAUCAAAUCAAACUACGUUUUUUUCCGAAUUCUUUCGUAUGUAGAGUGUAGACUUGCCGUGUAGUAGCUUGGCUUACACUUAAUACUCGUGGAUAGAAAACAUCAUUUUGUUUGUAGAAAUCUAUCUACUUUUAAUUUGAUCUGAAUUCUCGGCUAUGACAUUGAUCUAGUGAUUUAUGUAUGGCUUAAGGUUAAUCGCCUUAUGAAAAAAGUUAUACAGCUCUAUAGUUUUAUGUGCAAGCGAGACACAAGAUGCUUUCUAUUUCUUUCUAUUGCUACUAUUUUAUGACUUUGUACCAUUUAUUAAGAUUAACUUUUGUAUAAUUAUGAAAUUAGAAUAAAAAACUAAAUUUUUCGCCAUCGUGUAUCCAAAGAAAAU